AUGCCACGCUGCUACUCCACUCUACAAUUUUUCGAGACUGGCUUUGUUGAACAAGCGCCGAACAAGAGCAAUCGCCUUGUUGUACGACAGGCUCCCUAUUCGAACAUUCGCGUUGUGCCUUUUCACCUGUUCAGCAUGCUUCUCGGUAUCAGACUGUUCAACCAUGUCUGUUUGCACACUGAGACUGCGUAA